CUCUUUCUUAGCGUGCAGUCUCUUGACUUGACUUUUAGUACCUCUUCUUCCUUUCUCCUUACUAUUACAAACUACUAGACUGAAUUUGUUCACUCUCUUCUCCCUAUCAAAGGCCAUGCCCUCAAGCAAGUUUUCCAUUGAUCUCUCUGCCCUUGUAGCCCUGUAACCGCCGUCAUGGUUAUAAAAAAGUGCAACAUCUGUGACCGUCGGUUUAAAAAGACUGAGCAUUUCAAGCGCCAUGAACGAUCACACACCAAAGAAAAGCCUUACGAAUGCAAUGUCUGCCAUAAACGUUUUUCUCGAAGCGAUGUUUUGAGCCGUCAUGCGAAGGGCCAUAAUGACCCCGCUGCGCACACGACAAAUAGGGUAACCAGCAAACAAUUAUUCCCCGGCAUCCAUCAUUCGAUGCAGACCCAUUUAAUAGAGCCUCACGACAUACAUGCCUCCGCAACAGCAGGCCAUCCUUCCUCGUUGGACUUUCUGGCGGACGCCUCUACUCACCAUGCUCGAGCCGAGCCUGAUGUCAAUCCAAUGCUGGCUGUUGAACCUCAGACCUACUUUGAGGCGCCACCGACAUACCAGCCAUCCUACGGGGGUGCCAUGAUUGACCCCAUGUUGAAUGAAUCACUCCAGCUGUGGCUGAAUCCCUCCGAUGCGGCUUCUUAUCCCGAGUCCAUGGAAUUUGGACAGGACUCGAAUCUCGUUAUGGCUGAGCAGAAUGCGGGCGUCUCCACAACUCAACGCUCCCAGCAACAUGACGCUGGGUCCUCCACUGAUAGAAUAAGUGCAAACACCGGUGUAACCAUCCCCAGUGAGAGAUUUGCCAAGGUUCAGCACCAUUGGCUGGGUCCAUCGCAUACCGGACGCCUCAUUAGUAGUCUCUGGCGCGAUGUGGCGUACAGCAACAUAGACAAUAUUUUCGCGAUGCAGUCUGGGCUGUCGCAAACUAGUUCGUCGAGCCUGCUACAAAGUUCGAGAUAUGGCCUAGAUGAGGAUUGCCGAAGACAGCUUCAUGCAACGUUCGGGUACAUGCGAUACUAUAACCAGCAAAGCCGUGGCCCAAUCAACACUCCUCCGCCAAAUGACUCUGCACUCAUUGCUCUCCCAAACUUCCCUCCUGCCGAAAUUCUAGACAUGGCACUUGACGUAUACUUUCGCAACUUUCAUCCACUCCUACCAUUUGUCCACCUCCCGACAUUCUCCGCCAAAAACAUGAAUAUUUCGGUGCUUCACGUCAUGUGCUUGAUUGGGAUGGCCUUACUAGGAACUCAGGGUACCGCUUCUUUUGUCUCUAAGAACUUUACUUUUGUUCUUGAGAAACUCUCUGCCGAAAUGGCAAGAUGCUCCGUCGGAACCGAGAGCUUAGGGAGCACUAUGUCUGCCUUUGCAGCAGCGAUUCUGUUUCUAAAUCUAGCCGCCCUGACUGGGGAGAAAGGUCAUAUUGAGAACAGUCAGAUGCUCUAUGUCAACCUUGUGUCGAUCGCACAAAGACACGGGUUAUUUUCAGCUACCGAAGGUCAAUUGCUCGACAAGAGUCUGUUCGAAAGUAUCUCAGAUAACGAUCUCAAAUGGAAAGCUUGGAGCAAAGUGGAAUCUGUCAAACGCGAAGCACUAUACGAAGCCAACAAUUCAAUGCAGUGGAUGCAAUUAGUUCGCGGGGGGCAGUGCAUGCUGAUGCCCACCGUAGUAUCUCCAUCAGAAAAUGUCGAAAUCGCUGCACUGGACAGCCAUAUUGAUAGAUUUGGUAUGAACGGGGUAUUAUCAAUAGUGCAGCUUCGGCUUUCCGAGUCAUACCAUCGCCUCCUCUCCAAGCGGGCUAGUUAUCCUUUCGCUCCAUGCCAUACCUAUGCCAUGGAUGGCCGUGCAAGGUGUCUCUCGGCCCUUCAAUUACAGAUAGCUAGCAAGUAUGGUCGGAAUCUAGACCGCCUCGAUCCGAACGCGAUUAUCUUGUGGGAUAAUAUGUGUAUGAACCUCACGGCUGACAUUCAAAUAUUCGAGCUGGCUGCUGGACGUGCAGGUCCAGACCCGGCGCGAAAGGCUCUCGACAACAUUGCUGCUUGGUCGCAAACACCAGCGGCUCGGAGGGCUUGUAUGCAUGCAGCCCACGUAUACAAAGUUAUGAUCAAUCGCAAAGCAUCGGACCCCAUUACAUUUCAUUCAGUCGUGUCUCUAUUCUCCGCAGCGCUUGUCCUAGGCUUGUACAUAUACACGGUGCCUAGGAGUGCUGAGCCACAAUCUGGCAGCACCCCAAUCGAACUUCUGGAUGAUAUAGAUUGGAAUAAUCUGGGCACAGAGGGGUUUACCAGUUUUAUGGAACCCAACGGAUCUCACUCGUCUGUGGCAACUCACAAUCCAGUGGUGGACUUCAUUCGAAACGGAGGCACUGUUUAUCUUCGCGGGGCCCCUUUUCAGGGUGGAUAUCAAUCGGCGCGACGAAUUCUACUAGACUAUGCGGGCCUUUUGAAGGAUACUGGAAAAUGGAGCGUUCGAAAAUUUUCACACGUGCUCUACAUAAUGAGUGACGUACUGAUGGAUACGGACUGAACCUGCUGUUUGGCCAUUGGCAAGAAAUCAUCGCCGGGGAGUCUUAGAAUAUACUAAGCAGUAUAUGGAGGAUGUCCACUCUCUAUCUGAAGAGUAGCAAAUUAUUUGUUCUCAAUAAGCUAUACUCACAGGUGUCGAUCGAGAGUCCAUCGAUGCCACGUCACCAACUAGAGC